AUGGCAUUUUAUAAGAUUAGUAACCCAACAGAUCAUAGGAUCUGUGUGGUAAUGGUUGGUUUGCCAGCUAGGGGUAAGACAUUCAUUUCUCAAAAAUUAGUAGGGUAUUUAUCCUGGUUAUCUAUAAAGGCUAAAUGUUUUACCUUUGCUGAUUUUAGAAGGAAAUGCGGUCAUCUUAGCCCACAUGCCUUAGAGUUUAAUAAGAACACUGGUGUAAUUAAUGAAGGUGUCGAAUCAAAUGACGAAGAUGAAGAUGAAGAAGUUAUUGAGGAGCAGGCUCUUGAACAAAUUAGAAAAUGGUUCCAAUCAGAAAAUGGUGUUAUUGCUGUAUUGGAUGAUACAAACAUUACAAGUAAUAGAAGGAGAAGCAUUAUUGAAUUUUGUCAAAAAAAUAAUAUCCAACCAAUCUUUGUUGAAAGCUGGUCUGAAGAUGAAGAUUUCGUUCAAUGUAAUGUCAAAGAUAUGGGUCGUAAAUCCAUUGAAUAUAAACAUAUGGAUCCAUUAGAAGCAAAGCAAAAAGUUAUGGAAAAUAUUAAUAAAUUCAAGAAAAAUUAUGAACCUCUGGAUUUUGAAAAAGAUUCGGAUCUAACUUUUGUAAAACUCAACAGUGGUUCCAAAGAAAUACUAAUCAAUAAAAUACAAACGUAUUUACAAAGUAAGAUUGUCUUUUACAUCUUAAACUUGGAUUUGAAACCCAGAUGUAUUUGGUUAUCAAGACAUGGGGAAUCUCUUUAUAAUUUGGAGCAAAAGAUUGGUGGAGAUUCACUCUUGAGUAAAAGAGGUGAGAAAUAUUCUUCAAAAUUACCAGCUAUUGUUAAAGAAAGUGCAGGUUUGAAAGAAAAAGAUAUUGUGGUUUGGACUUCUACUUUGAAAAGAACUCAACAAACAGCACAAUAUUUAACCAAUAAAAAACUUCAAUGGAGAGCAUUAGAUGAAUUAGAUGCUGGGAUUUGUGAUGGUAUGACUUAUGAAGAAAUUGAAGAAAAAUAUCCAGAUGAUUUCCAAGCAAGAGAUGAAAACAAAUACGAAUUUAGAUAUCGUGGUGGUGAAUCGUAUAGAGAUGUUGCAUUACGAUUGGAACCAGUGAUUAUGGAAUUAGAACGCCAAGAAAAUAUAUUGAUCAUAACACAUCAAGCUGUAUUGAGAUGUAUAUACGCAUAUUAUAUGAAUAUUCCUCAAGAACAAUCUCCUUGGGUAUCUAUUCCAUUGCAUACUCUAAUAAAAAUUGAACCAAGAGCUUAUAAAACAAAAGUUACUACGAUUAAAGCUAAUAUUCCAGCAGUUAGUACUUAUAAGGUGAAAGGUACUAGUCAUGUAGGAGAAGCAGAGGAUGUUUAUACUAAACCAUAUGGUAUUAUUAAAGACACAUCCUCUUGA